AUGAAAAUGAUUCAGGAGGUGUUUCUUUCCUCUUCCGUCAAGAGUUGCCAUUUGUGCGGCAUGAGUAAUCGGCAGAUCCUAUUCGGGCUCCACUAACGGGUUCGGGCUGCUUUGCAAGCAAGUGGCGGAAUCCAGUGUCUGUGACAGGCGGGAGACUGUGACUUUCCGUGCACGACGUGGUCAAGCUCUCCAUUGGGUUGUUGCUGCCCCAGAAUGCUCCUAGCUCCCUUUUGCCUCUGUGCCAUGUUGCUUGCAGUCGUAACCACUGUGCUGGCAGAGGAAAACACGUGUGACCUUAUUGGGGAUAAAGGCAAGGAAUCUUCUAAAGAAUUAGCACUGCUGAAGAGACUGGAACCACUUACCAACCAAAGUUUUGAAACAGAAAGUAUAAGUGAAAAAGAACAUUACGUCUACAAGUUCAGGGUAUGUCGAGAAGUUUACAGUGAUAUGUCUGGCUUGGUGCAGAUUAAUAAGCUGUCGAACAAGACCACAGUAGUGGGGCGAAUCAAUGAAACUCACCUCACCAAUGGAAGUAAGUGGAUUCUGCUGAUCUAUAAGGGAGGAGAUGCCUAUAGUAGCCACUGUGGAACUGAGAAGAGAAAAGCAAUAGUAAUGAUCAUCUGCAACCGGAUGACACUAGCAAGUGGUUUCACCAUGGUGACAGAAGAGCGGGAGAAGAUGAAAGAAUGUUCCUACAUCUUUGAGUUAGAAAGUAGCUUGGCCUGUACUCCAGAGGACUUGGAAGUUGGCUCCUCUCUAAGUGUUGGCUCCAUAUUGCUUAUCAUAUUUGUUUCACUGCUUGCAGUGUACAUCACUGGGGGAUUCCUCUACCAGCGUCUGGUGGUAGGAGCAAAAGGCAUAGAACAGUUUCCUCAUUUUGCUUUUUGGCAAGAUCUGGGCAACCUAGUGGCAGAUGGCUGUGACUUUGUAUGCCGGUCUAAACAGCAAAAUGUACCAGCUGCAUAUCGUGGUGUUGGUGAUGACCAACUUGGAGAGGAGUCUGAAGAACGUGAUGAUCAUUUGCUACCCAUGUGAUCUGCUUCUGUUGUUCUGUCCUUCAUAUGAACAGGUGGUACCAGUCACUUCUCCCCUCAUCUCUCCCAAUUGCCCCUUAAACCGCUUGCUUUCAUGAUGGUUGCCUUGCUCUUUGUCUCUUCUUAUAUCAAUGAAUUCCAGGGCAAGGAUUAUGAAUAUAAAGCUGUGUUGAUGGCCUUUGAAAUAAGGGACUGCCUAGAGCCUUAUGUUGGCUUCACUGCCUCUCUAGAGUCAAAUUUUCUACAGCUUGUGGACAAGAGCUUGAUUACAGAACUAGAGCCACAGAGGAGAAGGAGCAUGAAUAGAGAACAGAGAGGUUAGAGGUGCCAGGAUUGAAUAUAUUCACAAACUUUUUGCAGGCUUCUAUUUUUUAUUGUUUGGUUGGGAUAUAUUUAUUUUCUUGUGGCUUGAAGUAGUUACCCCCAGCUUUUUCAAAUUCUCUAUAGCACAGUCUGGAGAAUCUCCACCUUGUUUCCUUAACCAAAGCCUGAAUCAAAUGUAGAUAAGAGGGUUUUUUCAUUUACUAGAAAAAGAUGCUGCCAAUAAUAUGUAUAUUUUGUUAACUGGUCUGAAGUGCAGUGAACCGAGGUUCUAAAGUCAUUGGGAAAGGCUGUCUUAAUAGCAAGUGCUUAAAAAUCCACUUCAUUCCCUUUAAAAGCUUUACUAAUAGAAUGGGUCAUUUAUCUUUAAUUAUGAACAUAACAGUGGCUGAGACUGCAAAAUAAAGGGAAGCCAGAUGCUGAACAUGGGUAGGGUUUAAAUAGAAACCCCAACCCCUAUAUGAAUAAUGAAAGUUUUGUAUAAUUCCAAGCCUUUUCUGGGUGUUUUUAACUUUGGCUAUGAAAUGUAGCCUGAAGAUAGAAGUAGAGAAGCAAGUUUCUGCUAAAUUUUUGCAACAACUGAAGAAACUUUAUUCUUAUAAUGUGGCACAGAUAUUACUCUUAUCUGCUUUUACUGAAAAUGUCAAGUCUGUUACUGCAUUUACUUAUUGAAAGGAUGGUACAUUGCAAUUUUAGUACUUUAGGGGAUUGUUUUUUUAAGGUAUGCAACUUUGCAGAAGGCAGCACUGUAGCUCAAAAUAGUCACUGAUGUUGAAGAUGGGCCAACUGAACUUCACAUAAAAUUUAAGGUCUCCUGGAUUCAUUUGAAUUUGAUAGUAAUACCUUCUCUUUUGGAGAGGAAAAUAUACAUGCAUAUCUCUAUUAGUUAUCCCUUAGAGGUGUAGGUGGUUCUGGCUGGGAAUAGGUCUGUGGAUGCACAUGAGGCAAAUGUAAUGUUUCUCAUGACAGUAGGAAGAACAGAGACUUGCUGAAAUGAGAUUAGAUACACUUGAUGUGCAGGUUCUGUUGUCAAGCUCCUCCCUAAAGGAGAAAGAAUGGGUCAUUGCAUUUGUCACUUAUUUAUGGUGGUGUUGAGACUUUGUACAAAGAGCAACUUUAAAAUUAAAAUGGCUUGAAAGCACCAAA